AUGGCUGAGACCAACCAAGCGGCCUGGCUCAAAGAAGCCAAGCAGAACUUUGUAAUUGGGCCCGCUGAGAUCGGCAAGCCAGCCAAAGACGAGGUCCUAGUCAGAAACCACGCCAUUGCUAUAAAUCCGGUCGACCACGCUCAGCAGUCUGGCAUCUUCCCGCCAGGUCCCCUUCCGCGGAUCCUUGGCAAUGAUAUCGCUGGCGAGAUCAUCGAUGUCGGCGAAGGCGUAACGCAGUUCCGCAAAGGCGACCGCGUCCUCGGGCACUGCACAGCUCUAAAUACCGAUGAGGCCAAACACGGUGGUUUCCAGGAAUAUACCGUCGUGCCGACGGUCGGGUGCGCCGCGAUCCCAGAGGACAUGAAAUAUGAGGAUGCGUGCGUUUUGCCGCUCGCUAUCUCCACUGCCGCGCUGGGCUUGUUUCACAAGGAGCAACUGGGGUUGCGCCUCCCGCAGGCAGAACAAAGAGAACCACUUACAGGGGAUACCGAAGCCGUAUUGAUCUGGGGAGGCAGUUCAAGCGUCGGCAGUGCGGCGAUCCAGUUGGCCGUGGCGGCCGGGUAUGCAGUCGUCACGACGAGUUCGCCGCGAAAUUACAUCCUUUGUAAGAGUCUGGGCGCGAAUGAGGUGUUCGACCGAGCUAGCUUGAGUAUCGUCGGGGAUUUGACGAGUGCGAUGCAGCGGUACAAGUUUGCGGGGGCUUUUGACGCGAUUUCUACGAGAGACACACAACUCAAUGUUGCGCAGGUGUUGGCGCAGCUUGGCGGUGGGAGGAUAGCGCUCACGUUGCCUGUGACGCCGGAUAUUCCAGCCACAGUAGAUGCGAGAAUGAUUUACGCAGCAUUCAUCUUGAGUCAGGAUAAAGCGCUCGGCAAGGAGAUAUACGGCGAUUUCUUGCCAGCGGCGCUCAAGAACGGGAGGAUCAAGCCGGCGCCGAAGUCGGACGUCGUGGGUCAUGGUGUCGAGCAUAUCCAGGCGGCGGUGGAUAAGUUGAGAGCUGGAGUGUCGGGGUCGAAGGUGGUUGUGACGCUCUAA